AACAAACCGAAAGCCGGUCUCGACAUCGAAGCUCUCGGAACCAUAAAUGGUGUCAACAUUUAUGACGUGAAUUUGGAUAAUCUCGAGGAGAAGCCGUGGCGCAAACCCGGCGCCGAUAUCACCGAUUAUUUUAAUUACGGUUUCAACGAAGAGAUGUGGAAAUUGUAUUGCGAGCGGCAGAAGAAACUCAGAAAUCAUGACUUCCUGAACGCCGUGCCGGUGCCGACCCGACCACCGUUGGCACACCCGCCCGGCGCUGCGGUGGGCGCUCCGGGGGGUGCCGCCGGUGCUGUUCCCGGAAAACCCGGCGAACAAACGAUACCAAUCGCAUCGAUAAAUGAGAACUCGAAGUACACGGGCGCCGGUUUGACUAAGAAGGCCGGCCCUCCGCCCGGACGCAAACAAUCGGGAACUAUUGAAGUGAUCGGCGGCGGAGGGUCUACCACACCAAAUAUGCUGCCCAGCCGUCGACCGCCCGAAGCCAAAGAGAACACGAGUUUCAUUCAGGUUAUCGGCAAUAUAGGGAACCGUCCGCCCGGCCCUCCCGGUCCGCCGCCACCAGGAAUGCCACCCGGAAUGCCGCCCUUCCCUCCCAUGUCAAUGCCUCCUCCAUUCGGAUUCCCGCCGCCAGGCGUUGACUUUCCUCCGGGAAUACCUCCGCCAGGAAUGCCGUUAAUCACUCCUAACGGUCAACCCCUGCCUUUCCCUCCGGGAGAGUUCCCGAUGCGGUUCCCACACCCGGGAAUGCUUCCGCACCCCAACUUUGACGACCAAACCGAUGGCUAUCACGAGGGUAUGGGAGGCGAUGACAGCGGAGACCGGGAUCGCGACAGAGACAGAGAUCGCGAGCGAGACUAUCACCGGUCGGGUCGCGGAUAUAAUCGUGAUUUUAGAGAAGAGGAUUCGUUCCGUUCGGGUCGCGGCGGCGGUCACUACAGGGAUCACCACCACGAGAGGCAGGAGAGACAGCCUUCAGACAGGGAUUACGAACAUCACGAACGCUCUCGCGAUCGAGACGUCGAUAAAGACUAUGAGAGCCGAAGACAUCGCGACAGAGAUAAGGAGCGCGAGAGAGAGAAGAGUGAGUCUCAUAGAGAGCGGGACAGAGACUCGUCCUCUUCUCGGAGAAGACAUCGCGACGAACACGAGUACGAAGACGAUCACAGCAGUAGGUCGUCGUCGCGACACAAACACAGCAAACGGUCCAAAAGAGACAAAGAAGAGGAGGAGAAGGAAAGCAAACAUUGA